GCAUAGAGUUCCUCACAUGUGGCGUCCUUAGAUUGCACAAUAUACAAGUGUCUUAUCUGUAAUCAACCAUAUAGGAUCACCAACCCCAUCAGUUCAAUAUAUAUAUGUGGUCAAGUUGCCCAAGAUUUGUUGCACAAGAACAACCAAUGGCGGCAACGGCUAGUUUUGCUAGAGAGUUGGGUGCUGCCGUUAGGAAAAUGGCGGGAAACAAAGGGACAACCUGGUACACUCCUCACAUGGCGGCUGCGUCUCGUGCCAUUGCGGAACGAAUUCCAUUGGUUGAUCUUGUCCUUGAAGUCAGAGAUGCAAGGAUUCCUUUGUCAUCAGAAUGUGAGCAGCUGAGAAAUUUUCCAUCUUCUUCAAGGCGAAUCAUAGCCCUGAACAAGAUGGAUCUCGCAAAUCGUUCACAAAUGAAGGAUUGGAUGACAUAUUUUGAGCAGCAUGACUGCAUAUCUUAUGGAGUCAAUUCCCAUAAUAAGGACAAUAUCAAGGAGUUACUGAACUUUCUACAAGCAAGACUGAGAGAAUUGAAAAGGACUGAUCAUUCCAACUAUACUGCAACAAUAAUGCUACUUGGGAUUCCUAAUGUUGGUAAGUCAGCACUUGCCAACUCCUUGCAUCAAGUUGGGCGGAUCAGCGCUGCAGAAAAAGGAAGGUUGAAACAUGCAACAGUGAGUCCACAGCCAGGGGAGACAAAAGAUAUUAGCAGCUUUAAGAUUGCUAGCCAUCCUAAUAUUUACGUCUUGGAUACUCCUGGUAUUUUACCUGCUGAGAUUCUAGAUGUGGAGGUCUGCUCCAAACUAGCUUUGACAGGAGCUAUUAGUGAUUGUUUCAUUGGACAAACUGAACUUGCUCGAUAUUUUUUGGCUGUCCUCAACACAAGCAAUGAGUACAGGAAAUGGGCAAAGUUGUCUAAAACGGAGAUUGACAUAUCAUCAUUUGAUCACAAAACAGAGUGUUCUGGUAGCUCUGAGUUGGAGAAGAGACAAAAGAAGCAAUAUGCCACAGAUCACACACAGGAUUUUGUGGUGAAUGAAGUUCGUCGAACUCUCUUUGAGGUAAUUUCGUCUUUUGACGGCAAUCAGGAAGAUGAGAAGAAUUCAGUACAGCUCAUCGAAGCACAGUUUGCAGCAGUGCAGAAAGCUUUUCAUGUGCCUUUGGAAUCAGUUGAUGAUACUUGUAAUAAAGUUGCUUCUAAGUUACUUAAUCUGUAUCGUACUGGAAGGCUUGGUCAUUAUACUCUGGACCGUGUUCUAUGGAACUCACUGUGAUUCAUUUCUUUAUUUAGCUUUUGAGAAACACCAUACUUCUUUUACAUUAUUCCAAAAAUUGCAUUGUCAUUCCAUA